AUGCAAGAGACUUCAUAUAACCCCACUCAAGACUUGAUGAAAUUGGCACAAAAAUUGAUCAAGGUACAAAGGGGUGGUGACCAUGAUUUGCAACAACUGGAUGAGACAAGUUUCCCUCAAUUGAGCGCAAAGCUCAUUGAAGAAUGCAAAGAUAAGCAAACUUUAUCCAAAUCAGAAACAUGGGACAUUUUACGUCAAUUAUUGCAAAACAAGACCGAUUCGGAAAUGGAUAAUUUGAAAGCAAUUCUGUCACAUGAGGAGAUAGCAAUGCACCUGCCGGAAUCAUUGCCUGAUGUAAGCGAUGGAGAAAUUUCUCAUGAUGAUUUAGAUGAAGGUGCCGAUUCUGAUGAAACUUCGUCGUUGAUGGAACUACAAUAUACGCUGCAGCAACUGCUAAUGAUGCCAAUCCCAACACCAUUGGUGGAACAGCCACACGACUUAACCGCAUCAUCUGGUGGCGGUGAUGAUGUGGUUGAUGAUGUGGUUGAUGAUGUGGUUGAUGAUGUGGUUGAUGAUGUGGUUGGUCUAGGCUAUAUUGAUCACUACUUGGAUGGUACACUUCGCAAAGACAUAGUCAUUGAUUACAAGACUAGGCAAACCUUGCGACAAGUUAUUGAUGAAGUGGCGCAUCUCCAUCAGCAGGUGGACAAUUCGUUUUUCCGUAUAAAAGACCAAUUGGAUAAGCUCAAGUUGAGAAACUUUCACGCUUCACAAAGAAUGAAUAUGCUAAAUCACGGCUCUGAUUUCAUGCUCAGUCGAAUUAAGCACAUACAAACGGAAGUGAAAACGAUUACCGAGAAUCGCAAAUUAAACACCAAAGUGAAACGUGUAGUUUCAUUUAGUGAUUGUUGUGAAGUAAUACCAAUUUCAGAUAAGCUACCACCAAUCAAGACUUUGAGUGGACUGCUGUUGCGCGCCGCACUUCACCAGCAACGAGGUGCAUCAUAUCACGACCUGCCUAACUGCUCACCGUUGCAGCAUAAACGACGUGGUGGUGGUGUACCUUUACAAAACGCCCCUGCUCUCAAGGCCAACACUCUGGUAGUGCAGCGACCUACAGCCUUCGAAUUUGAUUCAGAUGAUGAUGCUCUGGAAGUACUCAUUAAUGAAGAUAUGGAGCCUUAUAGAAUUUCGAGAGAGGGAUCGUGGCAACAUUUGCCAUCACAAUAUGCGCAUCCACAUAGUCCCGCUAGUCCUUAUUAUAAAGAAUCGCAAGAUUUUACAUCCCGAGAGAGGGAAACUUCAUCAGUAACUCCACCACAAACUCCCACUGAAGAUGACACUUCAGAUGACGAGCCAGUCAAGAUUCGAUAUAUUUUGCUUAUUCUUUUACUUUAUUUCUACAACAAGUUGCACAAUUUUUGUCGAUCCAAGUUGAGCUAG